AUGCCAUUUUGUCAAAAAAAUUUUAAUUUGAGUGUUCGAUCCAAGAGAAGGCGGGUAACAGAAGAAUUAAAAAAUAAUGUUCCAAUAAAUUUGGUUGACCCUGUUUUGUCAACAUCUAGCACAUCGGAAAAUGUCACUACCACUUCACAUUUGAAUUCUAAUUUAGACAAUAUAUUUUUUUUACCAUCCAACCAACCAACCCAAAAUUCCAGUAAUCAAUUAAAUGCUAGUCAUAUUCGUCAUGAUUUAAAUGAUAGUCAAAUCAUACCAAAUAACUUAAACAUACACCGUUCUGAAAAACAUAAUAACUCUAAUUUAAUUGAUGAAAAUAUAGAUUUUGAACCCUCAGACCCAUCUCAGACGCCAUCUGAUGAUAUUAAAUGUUUAAUUAGAAAAUGGUCCAUAGAAUUUAAUAUACCUCAAAUUGCCCUAAAUAAGUUAUUGAGGAUUUUAAAAAGACAUAAAUGUUUUGAUUCCUUUCCUCUUGACUCUAGAACUUUGAUGCAAAAUAAUAAUAAACAUUUGGGUAUUUCUAAAUUAAAAACUAUAGAACCAGGUUCUUACUACCAUUUUGGUAUUGAAAACGGUAUAAAAUUAAAUAUGGUUGAUAAUGUUAGAAAUGUAUCUGUUAUUGAAAUUGCUGUAGGGAUUGACGGUUUACCUUUAUACAAAUCGAGUUCUGACCAAUUUUGGCCAAUUCUUGCCUAUAUUCGUCCAAAUGGUCAUGUUUUUCCGAUAGGAAUCUAUCAUGGAAAAGAUAAACCAUCAGAUAGCAACAAAUUUAUUUUAGAUUUUAUUGAAGAAGCUAAAUUAUUAAUGCAAAAUGGUGUUAGAAUAAACGGCAAAAUGUACGAUUUCCAUGUUAGUGUAUUAUGUUGUGAUGCCCCUGCAAAAUCUUAUGUUUUAAGGACUAAAGGACAUUCUGGGUUUUCUUCAUGCUCCAGGUGUGAACAUGAAGGAGAAUACAUUCAAAAUAGAGUUUGUUUUCCAUACUUAAAACCAGAAAGAUGUCCCCCUAAACGCACUCAUCAAAAUUAUAUAACACGCUUAAAUGAGGAUCAUCAUAUAAAAAAUAAUUCAAUAAUUGCUACAUUACCUAACUUUGAUGUUGUUUAUGGGUUUUCUAUGGAUUAUCUCCAUUUAGUUUGUCUAGGUACAGUCCGUAAACUAAUUAAUUUAUGGAUCAAAGGCCCAAUUAAAGUGCGUUAUCCUUCAUGGAAGAUAAAUGAAAUGUCAAUUUCAAUGAACCGUUUAAAAAUAAAUAUUCCUUGUGAAAUUGCCCGUAAAACUAGAGGUUUUGAUCAAGUUAAUCGGUGGAAGGCUACAGAAUUCCGUACUUUUUUGUUGUAUGUAGGUGCUAUAGUUACAAAACCAGUUAUAUCUGAUGCUCAUUGGAAACAUUUUCUCAAUUUAAGCAUAUCUAUGAUCAUAUUAUUAAGCCCAGAUUUCAGUGAAUAUUUAAAUUAUGCUCGUAAAUUAUUAGAAUCUUUUGUUGAAAACUUUCAAAUUUUAUAUGGUAGUUAUUUAAUUUCACAUAAUAUACAUGGCUUAACACAUAUAUGUGAUGAUUACAUUAAUUUUGGUCCACUAGAUCAAUGUUCAACCUUUCCAUUUGAAAACUAUAUGGGUACUUUAAAAAGAAUGUUGAGAAAACCAGAUAAGCCACUGGAACAAAUUAUUAAUAGGUAUAAUGAAAUGGCUUCAAUUCCUUGUAAUACAGAGAAAAAAGAUUUUUAUUUUUCCGGGCUCCAUAAUAAAGGUCCAUUGUUAGAUAGUGCAGCUAUAUAUUCACAAUUCACCACUUAUAAAUGCAAUAGGUUUACACUUAAAACGCACAUCGAAGCAGAUUCUUAUGUUUUAACCAAAGAUAACAAUAUAGUUAAAGUUUUUAACAUUAUUCAAGCUGGCAAUGAAAAUGAAGCUAUUAUAAUAUGUAAACAAUUUAUAAAUCCUUUCCCCUUAUUUAAAAAACCAAUUGAGUCAACAUAUUUAAAUAUUUAUGUGGUUAAUAAAUUAAAUGAUAAAUUAAUUUCAUUUAAUAUUAAAGAUAUUAAAAAAAAAGUUUGUGUUUUCCCCUCUGGUGAAAAUCUAAUUGUUUUUCCAUUAUUACAUUCUUGUACUAAAUAA